AUGAAUCCUGAUCCAAAUUUAUAAUAUGUCAGAUUAUAGUUCCCUUGUCCUCCAGUUUGCCCUUGUUAAUCAAAAGCAAGAAGGGAUUGGGUUCAUCUGGAUUGCUAUAAAAACUCAUAUAUAACAGAGAAAGGAGAUAUUUUUUGUAAUCAAUAUGAUUGCCAAAGUUAUUUUAUAAAAGAUGCGCAAUUCCAAUGUUAAGAGGCAGAAUAAAACUCAAGCUUUUAUAAAUAUAAAUCAAUAAGUGAAUUUGCAAUGGGAUUGGCUUUGGCUAUAUAGGCUGCUGAUUUCGCAUUGAAAGGUAAUAAUUUAGUAAAAUUUGUAACAACUCUCAACUCUUAAGUGGCGAUUAGAUGGAAUUCUUGA